AUGUGUCAAUACCGAAAUAUGAUAAACGAUCAAAAUAAAACAACGAAUAAUGUUAAUUAUCAAACAUGGUUUUUAUCAAUGUAUUUUUCUACUCAUACAAUUUAUGUAUUAUUAAUAUUAAUUUUAAUUGGUUGGAAUGCAUAUAAUACACAACAAUAUCGAAUAUUAGCUGAACGACAAUUACAAAUAGAAAAUAUUCUUACAGAAUUAUUACCAUCAUCAUCUUCAAUACCAUCAUUUUCUCAUCAAUCAACAUUAAUCGAACAAUGGUUUAGUAAAAUUUUUCAUUUUAUACGAAAAUUAAUAUCGAAAGAUACAACUAAAAUUAAUAAUAAUGAUUCUAUUGUUCAAAAAUCUACGGCUGUAGUACGUAAACGACGAUAUAUUCAACAAUCAACAGUAUCUAAUUGUCAAUGUCCUUCAGGUUCAAAAGGCGAAAAAGGUGAUCGAGGUUUUGCAGGAUUUCCAGGUGAAAUGGGACCAAAAGGAGAACGAGGUCAUCCUGGUUCGAUAGUUUGGAAUCGUGUAAAAGGUGAAAAAGGUGAACCAGGUCGUGAUGCAGAAUCAAUUCAGAGAAGAAUGUUGGCACCAUCUCAAGACAAAUUCAUUCAAGGUCCACCAGGUCCACCUGAUCCACCUGGUUUACCUGGACAAAAAGGUGAUAUGGGUUCUGCUGGACUACCUGGACGAGAUGGUUUACCUGGUGAAAAAGGUAAUCAAGGUGAACUAGGUAUUCAAGGUCCACAAGGAGAAAAAGGUGAAAAAGGUGAAGAAGGACCAACAGGAAAACGAGGAUUUCCUGGACGACCAGGUCCACCAGGUCCUGCUGGAAUGGAUGCACUUCCAUGUCCACGUGAAAUUUUACUUAAUUUUGAUAAUAUAUGUAAUUCAUGUUGUAAAAAAACAUAA